CUUUUGAGCUCUCUCGUGCUCUUUCCUUGACAUCACAUCUCUGGAUCCCAUAGUCAAGCUGGCAAUUAUCUCUGAGCACUCGCGGACGCUUCUAUUCUUUCCUUUGGAUACUGUGUUAAUCUAGCUGGGGACGACGCGAAGUCAGGGAACGAAGUAGCUCUCAUACUGCAUCACUCGGUGGAGUGUGACAGAAAGCACCACCGAGCUCGCACGUCGUUUUGCAUAUGGCCUCCAUUGACACUCGUCGCUAUCAACAGCAGUCUCCGGCCAAUAGGGCUACACUCGACCAUCAACCGCCUUAUAUCUUAUGCGCCACAGCGACAACAUCGACAUUAUGUCUGAACAGUAUAAUAUCCCAUCACCGAAUGGCGUCAAUGGGGGUGGCGUCAUGCCCGACAACAUCGAUACUUGGCGUAUCCAACAGCAACCGAGGCCCGCGCAAUCGCCGCAACAUGUACUGCCGCAGCAGUUGAAUGUACAGACAAUGUACCAAUCGCCAUAUGCGUUAUAUCAGCAACCCUCUCCACAUCAAGCCCAAGGAAUGGCCUCGAAUCCUGUCUUUGGGCAAUAUGUGGCCGGAUCUUUUCCACCACAAUCAGUCAACAAUGCGCCUUCCCCUUCCGAAAAGACACCUCCUACCAUAUGCCACUCGCAGGGGUUGGGUCCCGAGCUUCCCGAUGUGACAUCAUCACCAGAGCAGCUUCCUGCUCCUUUAUCACAACUCCAUCGCAUUCCUCGUCCUCAUCCAUCCCACGCUCUGUCGCAUAAUAUAGGCGCUUCUUCCGCAUUACCCUCUCAGAGAGAGCAACUCCCGCAACAAAUUCCUCCUCCCAAUUCUGCAUCAUUAGGGCAGAAACGAUCCAGCCAUGUCAGUUUGUCUCCUCGUUCCUCUGCAGGGACCAAGAGACAACGAGUGGUAGUCGAUAUCACCGAAUCCUCUCGAGAAUCUUCAGUAUCUACCCCACCUCCGAAGAAGCUGUCUACUUCCCCGGUGAAGAAGGAUGACAGUACGCUAAAGGCCGCCCCAAAGGCUAUUCAGGCUACUCUGGAUGGGUACCUGAGUACUGUUGGCCAAGCACACUCGGAAACUGCGAGCAUUCCUCCUCCCACUGCUGCUCCCAACCCUCCACUCACUUCUGCCACCAAUCCUGCUCCCAAUCCUGCACCGAAACCUGCCCCGAAACCUGCUCCCGACCCUGCUCCCAAUCCUGCUCCCAAUCCCGCUCUCAAUCCUGUGCCCAACCCUGUCCUCCCUGUCCUCAAUCCUGUACCCACUCCUGUACCCAAUUCUGUCCCCGACCUUGGCCCCAAGCCUACACCCGAGCCUGCACCCAAGCCUGCCUCCCAUCAGCAUCCCGACCUUCCAUCCAAUCGUAUCGCCAAUCCUUCUUUCAGCCCUUUUCUGCAACCUUCUGCAGAGACCCCUUCCAACCCAUUUUCCACCCCUCCUAUCAAUCCUCCUACCAAUCUCCCUUCCAAUGGCCUUCCCAACACCGCCGCGACAUCAAACUUUCCUGUCGGUGUCAAAAUGCAACCUGGCGCCAAACUGCAACCCAGCGUCAAAUUGCAACCUGGAGUCAAAGUGCAACCUGGCGUCAAGGUGGAAUUUGGUGUAAAAUCAGAGCCUGGUGUUAAAGAGUCUGGUAUCAACGCGGUUCCUGGAGUCAAAGUGGAGCCUGGUCUCAUUGCAGAGACUGAGACCACUGCAGCCGAAAAGCAGACUGUCGAUAUGUCCCUCAUUCGAAGUACCAUCACUCCCGAGGCUUUGAGGAGGGAGAUUCCGGGCAGCCUAUUCAAGCACUUGCGCGUCCGGCACGACAAAGAAGACGACGAUGUCGUACAUCCUCCAGCAUUCACGCCCAAUCCUGACCAGCUCAAGGAAAUCCUCUCACAGCUCAACAAGCAUGCGUCAGAUUUGUACUUGAAGAAGAUGGCAGGGAACGGCAAUUACGUGGAAGUGUGGGAGGGUUGGCUGAAAACGAGCCGUAAGGAUCCAGUACGAUGGGAGAAAGUACUGGUGCCUUUGUUAGAGGUGCUAGCAAGGACUGAUAUGGAACACAAAGUCGCGAUAGAAUUCCACAUCAAUAGAUUCGCAAAACAGUUGAUGGCAGCUGUCAAGGACAAGAAGCUGGAGGGCACAAAUGCGAUUGCAGAAGCUUUUGGCAGAUUUGAAGCUCAUGCCUUCGUGAUGUUUCAGAAGGAGUCUGGGGCCACAAACAAGGACAAGGGCAAGGGAGAGGCUUCUGGGACGAAUGCAGGGACGAAGAGGAAGGCUGAUGUGGGCAAAGAUGGUAUUAAGGCCAAAGAAGAGCCCAUGAGCAAAAGGCCAGCAACUGUCGCUGCUUCCUCUUCCAAGCUCGCAAGCAAUCCGGCCGCAUCAUCAACGGUGUCAGACAUGUCUUUCUUCAGCGCUUCUUUGCCAGCGCCCGUAAUGAAAGCCAAGCCCAAAGCCAGACCUGUACCUCCACCAAAGGCCGCUCCGGCUCCCGUUGCCAAACCCCAGAGCGCUUCCCUUUUGGCAAAUGUCAUGUCAUCUUUCACAAGACAGAAUUCUGUACCCGAGCGCUCUGCGGACGCCAAGAAGGAAGUUAAAGAGACGCGAAAACUUAAGAGUGGAAGAACAGUAGGGACGGUGAGGUGGAAGGAUGACGCGGAAUUGCGCGAGAUCAGAGAGUUCACCCCUGAUCCUGUUGAAAGAAGCAGUUCGACGCUUAAAGAGAGUGCACAUGAUAUGGAUAUGGCAGAAGGCAAGCUCUUGGCUAAAAAUCGCGACAGAGAUGAUAUUGAGUGGUCAGAACCAAUCCCGUACGUGGAGGAAGACUAUCUGCCGAUCGAAACGGAAGAGACGAGGGCGCAGAGAGAAAGGGAACGUGGUGCACUUGCCGUCCCGUACUUUGAGGGUCAAACGCCUGCAGAACCUUCUGAGGAGGGCGUCAGAAUUAUCCAGCCAUUCGACAGUCAAACCCGUCAAAUGACUGCCGCGCCGAUCCAUGAGGCCGCCCAUGCGGCACCUGCCCCUGCUGCUCCCCCUCCUCCUGAUCAGAAUCAAAUUCAAGCUCUUCUAGCCAACCUCAACAUCCCCAUCCCGCAACCUUCCGUCCGUAAUCACUACCCUGCCGCUCAGCAACAUUACCCCGGACAAGAAGCAUGGGCCAAUGCGUCAGCGGGGCCUAGUGCGUAUGGGAACGAAUAUGCAGGUGAUAGUGGUGCGGAUUGGAGAAAGAGCUCGAAGAAAAGAAAGACGCAGUGGAAGCCGGAGUUGAAGCAGACAAAGACAUGCCACCACUGGCGGCGAGGAAACUGUCCAUUCGGGGAUAGAUGUAAUUAUGCCCAUCAUCAGUAGAUCUGACCCCGUUUCUGUUGUACUUUACUCGUACACUGGAUAGCUACCUACUAGGACACAUAUGCUAUAUCUAGUCUAAAUCAUGUUUCUCCAGCUUGCGCUAGAUGUUCAUCAUUUUCUUUGGAGGAGCUUCUUGGUAAGGUCUGAGUAUAUUGGUCGAAACUUCGUUGAAGCUGAAAGACGCAUCACUGCUGCAGUAGCAAUAUCGUAGGUUCGUUGGGUGAUUGUCAUUUCACGGCCGAGUAGAAAAUUCAAGACGAAGAUGCAUAUAUACGGC